AUGCCCAAAGCCCAGUGUACAACCUGCAAGAAAAUGGUUCCUCUUCUGAUUCUUCCAUUACAUAUCAAGGAAUGCAAGACAGAAUUUGUAGAUUUGUCCUCUUCUGCGGAAGAGGAAAGCUGCAACGAAGAACGUGAAGAUGAAAUACCAGAUUCCAUUAGCAGCCAGGAAGGCAAGAUAAACAGCGCCACUAAUGAUAACAUCAGUGAUCUGGUCGAUGAUAUUGUGACCUGCGGAUACACUGGACUCAUGUCCAUUGAAAAAAGAGACAGCAUGAUCAGAACUGUCAUACUUCACUCCACCAUGAGAGUCCUCCCCAUGCUUGACCAGCUCAGAAAAGGCCUGCAGCUGUAUGAUCUCCCAAAAGUCAUGAAGAGUCAUCAAGAUCUCUGCCAAAAACUGUUCAUUCCAGGGGAAGAUGAUGAGGCGGAUGCAGCCUUCCUUCUGGAGAGCAGCCGCCCUGUCUACAGUGAAAUUGGUUCUGCCAAGCACCAAAAGGAAGUAAACAUCAUGAACUUUCUCCAGGACUUCCUCCAGGACAUUGAGGAUUCUGAACAUGAGGGCCCCAGCAACAGCAGCGUUACUCCAGAAGGCUUGACUGUAGGACGCAUCAUGCAGUGGAUGACUGGACGACACAAGCCUGUUCUGCCAAGUGAGAAGAAGGACUUUGUCAUAAAUAUGAAAUUCCACCAUGACUGUGACACAGAACACACAGUUUGUUUUCCAACUGUAAGCACCUGCAGUCGUACAGUCACAUUCCCUUCAGCUCACCUGAAAACAUACAGUGAAUUCAAAAACAUUAUGACACUAGCCGUAUGCCACGGGCAAACUUUUGACAGGGUGUAG